AUGUUGCUCUGCUACUCACAAUUCUGUGCAUUUCUCGUCAACAUGAAUGCCUACGCAAACGAGAACAAGCGUGUUUUCAGCGAUUGCGUCCCAGACUUUCACCAGAAGCAGUUGUAUGCAAAAUUCCACAACGGCAUUAACAACAAUUUGGUAUGGGACGAAGACCUUUCUGAGCGAGCUUGCGAGGAAGCAUAUGGUGAAUUAGGCUCUCAUGGUUUUGACAAACUUGAAGUAGAAAGGGAGGUACCAAAAUCACUCGUAAGAUCGAGCAGAAUUCAGCGUACCCUCAUGCGUGCAUAUAAAGAUAAAGAGGCACAAGUCAAUGUCGUACGCAAUCUUCCUGCAGGCACGAAAUAUGGAUGCAACGCCGUGGAAAUCGGAGAUAAAACGAAAGUUGUCUGUCUCUACGAGAAGCAGUGA